AUGGCUGCUCCGACGAUAAGAACCGUCGCGAUUGAUCGUCACCGUAACCUCUUCCCCCUCCGUCAUCAGCCGCUGGAUGACCGUCGUUCGUACUCUUCUCACCCUCUCGUCGUUGGAGUUGGGGUUCAGUGGGCACCGGCAGGUUUUCACUCUAAUCCUCCACAAAACAGCUAUUACUCCGAUCAACAAUCUGGGAGCUACGACGACGAUCCUCCACCAGAUUGUUACUACGGAGUUCCUUCACCAGGUUACUACUACGCCGAUCAUCCACCGUGUAGCUACGUCGAUCCUCCACCGGACACUCUCCAGUUAUGCGUUGGUAAACGAUGUCUGAUAAUCCAGCUAUCUCACUGUAACCGUAUCCCCGAAGACCUCCGUAGUUUUCUCGCGGAUCCACAAACUACUUUCGUCGGCGUUUGGAAUAGCCAAGACGCGAGAAAGUUAGCUCAAUCUAGACACAGACUGGUGAUUGCGGAAAUUCUGGACAUAAGGAACUAUGUUACAGAUUCGGAAGGUAGAAGCUUGAGUGCUUGUUCGUUUGAGACGAUUGUUGAAGAAUGUAUGGGUUAUCAAGGAGUGAGGCUAGAUCCGGAGAUAAGCAUGAGUGAUUGGAGCGUUUACAAUCUUUGCGAUGAACAGAUUCUUCAGGCGUCACUAGAUGCUUAUGUUUGCUUUGAGCUUGGUGUUUGGGCUCGUUUAUGGGAAGCUUGA